UAUACUACACACACACACACACACACACACACACACACACACACACACACACACACACACACACACACAUAUUUGAUUUCAGAUAUUUGAUAAACUACGACAAGAGCGACCAUUGAGUUUCAAAAAAUUAGUUCCUAUUUUGGGUGAUACGAAAAAAGAGAUGUUAGGUCUGUCGGUUAUCGACAGACAAAUGUUAACUGAAAGAGUGACUAUAAUAAUACACGCAGCGGCAAGCGUGAGAUUUAAUGAAACUUUAACCGAUUCUAUCUUAAUUAAUCUUAGAUCAACCAGAGAUAUCUGCAUCUUAGCUCAAAGCAUGAAAAAUUUAAUAGCACUAGUGUAUAUUGGCACAGCAUUCACGCAUAUCGAAAACGCUGUUAUUGAAGAAAAAAUAUAUCCACCUGUGACUGACUGGCGAAAAAUGAUCACAGUAGCUGAGCAUUUAGAUGAGCAUAUUUUGAAUAUUUUUACACUUAAAUACAUAGACAAUUUUGUUAACACAUAUAUUUUCACAAAGAAAUUGGCAGAGAAUAUAAUAGAGGAAUAUUCUUCAUCUUUGCCUUGUGCGAUUAUACGACCUUCCAUAAUUUUAAAUUCUGUAAGUGAUCCAUUCCCGGGAUGGGUGGAUAAUGUUUAUGGUCCAAUAGGAAUAUGUAUCGGUGGCGGAAAAGGACUAAUACGAGUGGUUUAUCACAGUAAACAUAUUAGUUUGGACUUAAUACCAGUAGACUUUCUCAUCAAAACUAUAAUAGUUGUACCUUGGAAGCUUGGAUUGACCAGCUUUGCGCCAGGUUCUCCACCUUCCGUCGUAAACUGUAUAAGUCAGAGAACCGUAGCAUUUUACGCAAUUGCUAAUUUAGCAAUUAUUUUAGCAGAAGAGAUACCAAUGGAAAAUGUUCUCUGGACUCUAAAUUCAAUAUUUACUGAGAAUUAUAUUAUAUUUUAUGUAUUAACGAUGAUAUUGCAUGUUUUGCCAGCCAUGUUAAUAGAUUUGAUUUUAAAAUUCUUCGGACGUAAACCUAUGUAAGUUCUAAACUAGAUACGUCAAUGUAUCUGAGGACAUUCAGAUAAUUACUAAAUGCAAGAAAAAUCAGAAAUCCUGCAUAUAUAAAAUAAAAUAUUAUAUUUACGUCAAAGAAAUCUUUUAUUGUCGAUCAUGUUUUCUAACAUGUGCAAUUUCAGAGUGUUAUAUUCUGUUAAUAUAUUAUAACAUUUUUACUAAAGAUUAUCUGAAUACAGAUCAAAUCGUCUUAAAUCGAUUAACCGUGUUAAAUCGGUUACAUACAUAUACAUACAUACAUAGUUGCUUUCAAGAAAAAAUAUAGUAAUUUGCAACAUGC